GGAGUAAUAAGUCUCCUAAUCAUUUGUUUAAUAAACUCAGUUAUUGCGCAAUUGGAUAAUCAAACCUUGGAAAGUGCAUUCAAUUUGGGAACUGCCGAGUCUUCAGAAGUAUCUUCACCGGAUAAUAAUGGAGCUGAUAAUGGAGUUGAUAAUGGGGCUGAUAAUGGAGCUGGAACAGAAGAAAAGCAUGAAGCUAAAGUGGAAGUUGUUCGAUCCGAAUUAGAGGAUAUGGCUGAGAAUGUGGGGGUUGAUUCUCCGUACGUUCAUGAGGCUGAUAAUAAUCCUGAGGGGGAGGACUCCUUGAAGAAUUCGGGGUCCUCUUUACCUGCGUCUGAUUAUACUGAUGAUCAUCUUGAUGAGCAUUCACCAGGGGUUUAUGAUCAAUCCUCUACGAUAUCCAGGAGAAUAGAUGAAGUUCGAAGUGAAAAAUACGUGAAUUACGAUUCUGAUGAUCCAGGGGCUAACAGGUGUGCACCCUCUUCCAAAGAUUCUCCACAGUUUUAUGUCAUGACUGAGGAGAGGUGGCGGAAAAUCCGAUCAGAGAAAAUGUAUUGGUACUUUGACAGCUGUGGGGAUAAUCAGAGGGGUGAUUAUCAGAGUGAUGUCCAUUCAUCGAUGCCACAGAUUCAUAAAAACUUGAAUUUUCAAUUGCCGUUCUAUGGAUUUCGAUACAAUUACACUCGGUUAUCCAUGAAUGGUUACUUGGAAUUCAGUGAUCCUCCCAAUCACUACACUUAUCCACUGGUUUUCCCGGUGAAAGACUGGCCGAAGAAGAAUGACCCUGCGUUUAUUGGUAUUUUCUUCAGCAAAUGUCGGAUCGGAUCACUUCGCCCUGACGAUAUCGAUCGGCGAGAGCCAGGAGUUUACUUCAGAUGAGAGAAAGAGUAAAAUGGGAUAUUCGAGAGGGAGUGGUUGGAUCUGAUACGUUUGAACCAAAGCACGCUGUCAUUGUUACUUGGAAAAAUAUGUCAUUCGCUGGAGGAAUUGAUAAUUCUCUCUACAAAACGAAUACCUUCCAACUAGUUCUAGCUACAGACGAGGUGUAUACAUACGCUAUCUUCAAUUAUCAUGACCUACAGUGGACGAGUCAUACUGAGGCUGGGGGUGACACUACAGGCGGCGAAGGAGGAGUCCCUGCUUAUGUGGGCUUCAACGCUGGCAAUGGAACUCAAAGCUACGAGUACAAACCCUAUUCACAAAUGUCAACCAUUCGUGAUUUAACUAGUCGUGGCUGGGCUAAUGGAUUUGAAGGCAGACAUAUCUUUCGCAUUGACGAGAAAAUAAUGCACGGAACAUGCAACAAGGAUAUUGCUGGGGCCCACUUGCCGUUGACUUUCGCCCCGGAAAGUGGAAAUAUGCUCGGUGGUACAGUUGUGAAUAUCACAGGGCCCUGUUUCCUUCCAAAAGACAAAAUUAAGUGUCGUUUUGAUACUGAGGAAGUAUUCGGUACUGUCAUUGACAGAAACCGCGCCAUUUGCAUCCAACCAUUUGUCAAAGCCGAGGGAUACAUCAGAUUCGCCAUCGUCGUCAAUAAUGGACAAUUCGAUUGGAAGGGAAAAUUCUUCAUUGAAACUCCAUCAACGGCAACAGAAAAAAUAUACUUCCAGAAUCGAGCAGUACACGAACGAAAUCCUAGAGAAAUAAAGAUCACGUGGGACGCUUAUAACUUAACUAGUAAUUUAAAUGCGGAAGUACAAUUGUCUCUCUGGGGUUAUCGAGAAACAACGAUUCGACCUGAAUUCGAGUACAUCGGUCUCCUUGAGGGAAGUUGGAGUAACACUGGGGAGUAUACCAUAGCACCAGCUAAAUAUCGAAAUUACGAUAAUCCGUACCAUCGAGAUAUCCACUUCGGAUUUAUUUCGAUUAAUUUAACCAAACCUACCGAUUACUCAGGACUUGACGUCACUCCUGUUUUAUGGAGCAAACCAAUUCCCCUCGCUUGGUAUUUUGGACCUCAAUGGGAGCGCGAGCAUGGAUCCAAGUGGCCACAGAAGCUUUGCGAUAACUGGAUCAUGAACGACAGAUACCUGAAGAAUUUUGCUGCUGAAGUGUCUCUUUGUCCUUGCGAGAGGUAAUAACUCAGCAACGAUCGAGGUUCGCGUGAGACCGCCGAUUGCACAAUGGCGAUAUCGCUUGGACAUCCUUGCUGACGGCCGUAAGAUUUACUUCGAUAGACAAUCUUUGAAGUUUCAGCACUUCCCUGGUGUUGUUGUUUAUACGCCAACAUAUAUUUUGAAUCAAAGUGAAGUCAUAAUUAUGUUUGAUACUGGGGCUGGAGUUGAAGUGGUGGAAAAUCAGGGUUUCAUGACCGCGAGAGUUUAUCUGCCGUGGACGUACAUGAAUAAAACGAGAGGACUGAUGGGUAAUUGGAGUAAUGAGAAAGCCGACGACUUCACUCGACCUGACGGUCAAGUUGCACCAUUGAGUCUAGACAGUUUCGAGGAAAUUCAUAAGAACUUUGGUAUGCACUGGAUGCUGGAAGAUAAAGAGGAUAAGUACAAAGGAGCUGCAUUGUUCACUAGAGAAUUUGGUAGAACAGCGAGUUACUAUGCCAAUGUAACAUUUGAGCCGGAGUGGAAGAGGAGUCCUCAGGAUAUAUUAUCAUCGAAUCAGACAGAAGAACUAAAAUUUGCUAGCGAGCUGUGCGGGGAGACAUAUCAGUGCAAAUACGAUUAUGCAUUGACGUUAAAUCGAGAUCUGGCCCAUUUCACCAAGAAUUAUUACGAUACAGUUACUCAACUUAAAGCACUCAAUUCUAAACCAACUAUUUCUUGUGGUGUUUUGGAGACUCCGAGAUUCGGGAGGAAGAGCAAUUUUCUAUUCAUACCCGAUACAAAAGUGACGUUCGAGUGUAAUCAAGGGUUUAUACUCGUUGGAGACCAGAGGAGAAGAUGCGAAGCGAAUGGACGAUGGGAUGUCUCAGAAUAUGGCUACACGGAGUGUCUCCGUCAACAGGAGUACAGUUCUCGACAGGCUGGAAUAACGUUUGGAAUUAUUCUCGGGUGUAUAAUUCCAAUCCUAAUGAUCAUUAUCUGCGGAGCAUUCAGGGUUGUUCAGGGGAGAAGAAAAGAACGGGAGCAGGAGCAAUCGGAAAUAAGAUCCCGAACAACAGAAUUACAGAGAAUGAGAAAAAUCGAUGAAGAUGAAGAACUAACUACUUACCCCAGCAAAACGACUGAAAUUAAUUAAUCACGUUGAAUUGUUUUAAUUUUUUAAGCACAUGUGAGUCCAAAAGAUUGAAAUCACGUUUACCCAUUCAGAUUCACGAUUAAAUUAAUUUUUUUAUUAAUUUUGCUGAUAAGACGCUAUUAAUUUCACAGGAUAUUCCAUUAUCUUCAGUCAUUUCCUUUCUCCUAUGAGUUUUCCCGGAAAAUUAUCUGUUAAUUAAUUCUGCUGAAUUUUUCCAAAUAUUUCCGAAGUUUAAUUCAUAGGAUCCAUUCUAUGACGAAAUUCCGGGUAAUUAAGUUCAAAUUAAUUGAUAAUUAAUUGAUAGAUUGUUGUAAUAAGUGAAAUUUGA